UUUUAUUUUUCAAACCCUCGUUACAUCCAUCUGAACCAGUGACUUUCAAACUUUAAGAAAUUUCUUUUCCCCCAGCGGAACCACUGAUUCAAACGAAAUCUUACACCCAACGCGUAAAUCAGAAAUAAGAAGAGCUCUGGUGGGAGUAGGGUGGAGGAACUCGGCCUUACAAGGGGGCUCCGAAGGCACCUCCUCCCAGCAAUUUGGCAACCAGUAGCCAAACUUCUGCGGCGGAAAUUUCCGUCUGUCAGCCUGGGUUCCUCGAGUGUGCUUGCUUUAGUUUCGCUCACCGUGCACUCCUCACCGCCUGUGUCUUCCCCACCCCCGCCCCCACGGUCUUCCACGCCAGGUCCUGACAUGGAGCUGCGCUCGGAGCUGCCCAGCGUGCCCAGCGCGGCGACGGCGGCGGCGACAGCGACGGGGCCGCCCGUGGCGUCUGUGGCAUCCGUGGCAGCUGCGGCCGCGGCGGCCGCUUCGCUACCCGUGAGCGUGGCGGGCGGCUUGUUACGGGCGCCGCCACUGUUGUUGCGAGCGGCGGAGAAGUACCCGCGGACCCCCAAGUGCGCGCGCUGCCGCAACCACGGCGUUGUGUCGGCGCUCAAGGGCCACAAACGCUACUGCCGCUGGAAGGACUGCCUGUGCGCCAAGUGCACGCUCAUCGCCGAGCGCCAGCGCGUCAUGGCGGCGCAGGUGGCGCUGCGCAGGCAACAGGCGCAGGAAGAGAACGAGGCGCGCGAGCUCCAGCUGCUGUACGGCACUGCCGAGGGGCUGGCCCUGGCCGCCGCCAACGGCAUCAUCCCGCCGCGACCCGCCUACGAGGUCUUCGGCUCUGUGUGCGCCGCCGACGGGGGGCCGGGAGCGGCGGCGCCAGCGGUGACCGGCGGCGGCGCAGCAGGCGCCGGGAGCUCAGAGGCCAAGUUACAGAAGUUUGACCUGUUCCCCAAGGCACUGCUUCAGGCAGGCCGCCCGGGCAGCCCACCGCCGCCACCCGGGAAGCCCUUAUCACCAGAUGGCGCAGACUCCGGUCCCGGGACGUCGUCUCCGGAGGUGCGGCCGGGCUCGGGCUCCGAGAACGGCGACGGCGAGUCCUUUUCGGGGUCCCCUCUGGCCCGGGCCUCCAAGGAGGCAGGUGGCAGCUGCCCGGGCAGCGCUGGCCCCGGAGGCGGCGGCGAGGAGGACAGCCCGGGCUCCGCCAGCCCUCUGGGCUCGGAAUCCGGUUCGGAGGCCGACAAAGAAGAGGCAGAGGCUGCGCCCGCGUCAGGGCUGGGCGGCGGAGGGCCGGGUCCGCGGCAGCGGACGCCGCUGGACAUCUUGACGCGCGUCUUUCCGGGCCACCGGCGAGGCGUCCUGGAGCUGGUGUUGCAGGGCUGCGGUGGCGACGUAGUGCAGGCCAUCGAGCAAGUGCUGAACCACCACCGCGGGGGCCUGGCGGCCGGCCUCGGCCCCGCUGCGCCCCCUGAUAAGGCCGCGGUGGGUGCAGUAGCAGCUGUGGAGGACGGGUGGCCAGGCCGCGUCGACGCCGCCGCCGCCGCGGGGGGACCCGGGCUGCCCGCGCCGCUGCAGGCUGGCCCCGCUGCACCCCCGCACCACAGACCUUUGCUGGCCGGUGCCAUGGCUCCCGGGGCGCUGGGCUCGCUGAGCAGCCGCUCAGCCUUCUCGCCUCUGCAGCCCAACGCCAGUCACUUCGGCGCCGACGCAGGUGCCUAUCCGCUGGGCGCGCCUCUCGGCCUCAGCCCCCUGCGCCUGGCCUACUCCGCGGCGGCGGCGCACAGCCGCGGCCUGGCCUUCAUGGCUCCCUACUCCACCGCCGGCCUGGUGCCCACACUUGGCUUCCGCCCUCCCAUGGACUACGCCUUCAGCGAUCUCAUGCGCGACCGCUCGGCUGCCGCCGCUGCUGUGCACAAGGAGCCGACCUACGGCGGCGGCCUGUACGGCCCUAUGGUCAAUGGCGCCCCUGAAAAGCAGUAGGGCAAGGGCCCCGGCAGCUGGGCGGCCCCCAAACAGAGACCCAAGCCUUGUCCCCGCGGGCCGCCGACCCCUCUUCGCCGGGUGUGCUCUCUGCGCCCUGGUUGGGGCCCUCUUGCUCCAAGGUGGUUUUCAGUUUUGUUUUGAAGGGUUGGUGGGGAGAGGUGAGCAAAGGGGAGCAGCUACAGAGGCAGAUGUUCUCGGAGGAGGUGCGCGGCCCGGAUCCUCAUCCCCCGACCCACUCCCCACGGCUUCCCAGCUCUUCCAAAGGCAACAAAUCUGAAUUCAGAGGCUGCGGCCACCGCGCACGCUCCUGCCUCAUGUAGCUACACCCAUCCUGCCUGCCAGCCCGCGCGCUCAAAUGGAUGGCCGGAUAGUCCGAGAGUCUGUCUGCUGUGUCUCCCCCUCCAUUUAAAGGAUUUUAAAUAUGCGCUCUAACAAAUAUAAAUUUAGGAUGUAUAAAUCUCUUGGCACUGAGUCGAGUCUUUGGGACACAUAUAUAUCAAUUGUAAAAAAAAAAAAAAGGAAACGUUCUAAGGUGCACUUUCCUCGUUUCGGUAUUUGUCGCUCUCUUUGUUGCUUAUGCCGAUAAGCAUGGGUUUCCUUGGUGCAGUGUGAGUUUUUAUACAUGUAUAAAUCUAUAUGUAAUUAUACAUAUAUAUACAAGCCAGUGUAUAAUGUUAUAAAAUGGAACUCUAAGUUAUUAAUUGUAAUCUGUAGGUGAUCUCGGUAUUAACGUGAAAAAUAUUCAAACACAAGCAAAAAUAAUGGACAAAAUGGGAAAAAAUUAGACUAUGCGCGAAUUGUACUUAUCAGGUUUUAUAGAUUAUAUUGUACACUCGGGACGAAUCCCGCCCACCCGCCCCUUUGCCUGGGCUGGUCUCUCCCUAAGGAGCGGUCAAGAUGCGCAUUGACGCAGAAACAGAGCGACGUGUGACUGAGCCAGACCCGUCCACCCCAAGGCCCACCCCAGUCUCUCGGGACUCGCCAAACGCCCCGGCCAGAAGGCCGGUGGCGGGAAACGCUGCUGCAGAGAAUGGCUCACUUUGUGCUUUUCUUUGCAUAGACAUGAGCUAGAAAUAAAUGUUAUUUUCUAAGAAAACA